AUGUUCCCUACUAAGUCUCUAGGAGUGGAUGCAGAAGUAUUUGGAGGGGCUGUGGUAGGUGAUGACAUGGUAGGUUUUGGCCUUAAUGUAUUGAAUGGGGGUGCCAGUGUAAAAGAAAUUAAUCACACACUUUUGACUCUUAUUCCUAAGGCAGACAAACCAACAAAAGUUACUGAGUUUCAGCCAAUUAGUUUGUACACGGUGAUUUAUAAGAUGAUUUCCAAGACUAUAGUUAACAAGUUGAAGUCUAUUAUGCCUCUUAUCAUCUCCGAGUUUCAGAGUGCGUUUGUCCCUACACGGUUGAUUACGGAUAACAUUAUUGCUGCUUUUGAAAGCAAACAUGCUAUUAAAAGGCGUGGUGGGAGUAAGCUGAAGAAAAUGGUGCUAAAGCUUGAUAUGUCUAAAGCUUAUGACAGAGUGGAAUGGAGAGCCAGGUUCUCUUGUGACCUAUGCUUGCAUUCUUCUUGA